UUCUAACCACGCGUUACUCACUCUCCUUCGCGCCUCUUGCGCAAAACAUUCCUUACUGCACUUUCAGGGUCCCUAUCCAUGAUGCAACCUACAUUCGUUACCUUCGUGCUCGCGUCAUUCCUUCCCACCUCUAUUCUCGGAGCGCCGAUCUCAAACACACUGAUGGUGAAUGUCGAGUCAGUUGCUGCCCACCGCCCGAACGCCACUGCUACUUCCUUCUCUGAUACUUCAUCCACAUCUACUUUCUCUUCACAUACAUCAAUUUGGACGCGUCUCACCGAUUACCUGCCCACCACGUCACCCCAGCAUCAUCACUCCAGUCCUGUUGUCGAUGUUGUAGCCACCGCUCGAGCCACGCGCACGACCGUAUUCCAUCACGCGAAUCAAAACCGUUCUACCGCGCAGUUGAGGAAAAACCAGAUUUCUCAUAUAGCUACCAAAGCCUCACCCAGCACUAACAUUGGAUCCGUCUCGUUCUAUCUUCCCGCGCCCGUUCCACCUUCCAUUCUCUUCUUUCCAACGAAAACCCCUAAGCUGGAGGCGAGUGCUUCUUCCGGGACUGGCCCUGACGCUCUCACGACCUCUGCAGCUGAUCCUGCUGUCCGAGACUUGCCAAACCAUGAUUGGAAACUUCGUGUUGUUCUCGCAUGUCUGGUGUCUUCAACUCUAGUUCUUCUGUCUGGAAUCUUGUUCCUUGUUUUCUUUCGUCGAGUACGAGGGAUAUGCUUUAAAGACGUCUUUCGCAAUCUCUCUGGUCCUGCGAUACCUCAACGACCACUGACUCAUGGCGAAUGGUGUGCAGGCGAAGAGGAACACGGAAAUUCGAGUGCCAAUGGCCCCGGAGAUACUCAACAUAAGCGCCUUGAAAUUUCGGAUCACGGAGUUGCAUCUGCAGACGGGGUUCUCCACAAAGAUCAGUUCCAGCCCGGUUCUGUUUCUUGGACUCAGGACCUCUACAAAACUGGCAUUCUAGAAAGGCCCUUUCCUUCGCUUGAUCGAGGGAACUUUGCGAUUGCGUCGCGACACAGCCCUCCCGAUGUUUUGGGGAUGGGUUCCGCCCAAUUGAUGGCUGAGGUAUCAGCGGCUUUUGCUUUCUCAGAGACAUUCCUCUCUUCGUCACCAGGUGCAAAAUCGAUGGUCAGCUCAGCGCCGCCUCCGCGAAACCCUAGUCAAGUUCAGCCGACUGCAGUCAUUGAAUCUGUUAGAGGCAGUAUCGAGGAGCGAUUCUCGUUUCUUGGUUCAGUCGAGCGCGCCUCUAUUUCUGGAAGUGUACUCGACUCUAUGGCUUAUAGCACAAAUAGUGGUCGCAGUCCCAAGUCAUUCCGCACUAGAUUCGACUCCCGUAAGAACUGGAAAUCACCUUUUUCCUCUCCAGAACGUCCCAAAUCGACAAUAUCUCAGAUAGGUCAGGAUGUAGCUGUACUGUUCUCUGGUUCUGAGGAAUCUAUGUUCGUUGGUGUACCAUCUGCACCUCCACCGUCUUCAAAUGAGAUUGCAUCAGCACCUAAACUUGAACAGGUUAUACCGGCCCCUCCAAUGCCCUUCCCAGAAGAAUUACUGGCUGACACGCCUAGUCUGGCAGCGCCGCUCCCGUUUGAGCUGGCUACGUUAUCCACACCUUAUCAUCUACGGAAGACGACUACACACCUUUCACAGACUGAAUCGCAGGGAUUCUCUGCCGCAAUAAGACUUUCGCUUCUCUUCGAUCCAUCUCUGAACAUACUUCCUCCCGCAUCUCCUAGCUCUGACGGAGUCAUGGCAUCAUCUGCGAACUCGACGUUGUCAUGUGCAAAGGGCACCCCAAGACAUAGUCUUCUGCUAUCGUUACAAUCCCUUCACAGCAGCGGGGCGUCACAUCAUAUUGAUACCGGUGGACUUACACAGACUCGUUCAUUACCCAGCUUCGGAGAUCUUCGCACUAGCUCUUCUGUCGAUUCUUCCCCUGAGAAGCAUUGUGCAGCUGUCUUCGCUCAGAUCUCGAAGAGUUCUCUUGAUCUCGAAGCAGCCAUCAAAGCGUUGGAAUCUGAUAACGAAGGGACCCCCCCAACGACACCAAGAUCUUCGCCCUCUCAUAGCGUCUGUUCCCGCCUAUCUCCUUUCCCUGCCCCGAUUCCCGUUAUCACCUUCUCUCCACCUCUGUCAUUCCCGGAGGGGGAGGAUGUGCCGCCAUCUGAUGAACCUUCAAUCUUCGAUAUGUCCACCUGUUGUGUCUCUUCGCAAAGCUCUGAAACACAUUUACUGAGUGGGGAGUCCUCAUUGACAGCCGUGGAGGAUUUCGCUUCUGGGUCCGAUCCCACGAAACCCCCCAAAAUAUUGUCGGAUAUCCUUAUGAUGCCUACCGAUGAAUCUAUCACUGCUCACUCAGCACCCAGUCUGUCUCUCUCGACGUCGGUAGGCGCCGAGUCCACACUGUCUAGCGACCCUUCUGCCGGAGAGAUCCAAAGUUUCAGCGUUUCUAGGCUUUCCGAAGCUCGUGCAAUUGUUGUUCGAUCAUCUGAUGGGCGUCUUAUGCAGUCUGUGAUACCAGUUUUAGACCCUGAAAUGGCACAGCUUGAUGAGUGGAUGAGAGACAUCGUAAGCGAGGGAGAAUCAGGGCCCGAUGACGAUGACGGUGGCUCCUUUGAGGGCCUGCCUGAACACACAUCGGCGAUUCACCUCGCACAAGCGGACCAAGCCUUCUUGAUACUGGAAAAUCACUGGGACUCUUGGGCACAUAUCAAUAACUUUUCGCACCCAGACUACAGAUUUUCCGAGAGCAGAGAUAUUGAAGAGAGCGUGUAUGAUGGUAUCACCUAUCUUCGUAACAGGGAUUCUUUGUCAUAUGCGAACCGUAUCCGGGCAGGCGAGGUUGCAUUUAGAGCACUGGAACGCGAAGGUCGCUUUACUGAAGGGGAAACGCUUAUCCGUCGGUUGGAGAUCCUUAGAGCCCGGGCUGACCGAUCCGUCCCUAUGGCACCUUCUCCUCUGCGAUUUGAACGUCGCGUUUCGGCCUUAUCCACCGCCACGUCCGAAAAGUCCAUUUACAGUCAGCGAUCCGAGAAUGUGGAGGGAUUGGACGAGCUUCCGCAUGUAUAUUAGUUUGGUGAGUCCCGGUCAGUUGGUGGGCGUCCUCCGAUUCUUUGGCCAGGCUAUUUCUUUGUAAUAUUUUCAAUCCUCCCUGGACUUCCGUGAAGUCCCGUCCCCUAUUGUUGCCUUCUAUAUAUCUUAGACGUGUUCCUGUAAUUCUCCUUGUUCCGCGAUUUCGUAUUCUCUUACCUAGAUGUGUUUCUAGCUUUGUUUACUGUAUGCUCGCCGCUUUUCGCCACUUAUAUGUCCUCCCCUACUUUCUGCCUAUUGCACAAAUUGAUG